GACAUCACUGAGCGACGGAUGGACAGCCAGUCAGACCCGUCACAGCACUCGUCGGAGUACUCGGAAACCUCGGGAAAAGCCGAUAGCAGGACUCCUUGGCUUGGACCGGCUCCAAAGACGAGCCGAUAAUUAACACGAAUCGGGACACCAAACCGUGCUGGACGCAUGAAUAUUUUCUAAGAACUUCUACGUGACCCUUUUUUUUGCAAUAUGUUUUCGACAUAUGUUUGAAACUUAUAAUGGACAAUUUUAAAGGAUUGAUUGAACAGUGAAUCACAAAAACGUGCGAUCACAAAAGGAUUCGUGGUAGCUUUCGGAGGAAUGCAGCGUAUGGAAUAUUCGACUAUGAUAUUGGUGACACGUGAAUAGUGUAUGAGAAACUUUUGUUGAAAUUAAUUCAGAGAUUUACAAGACCGCGCUACACGUGACAACGAUUAGAUUUUUCUAAUCAAGCGACAGAGCGGUACAAUUAAGUAGUGGACAGUGAAAACGUGUGUUUCCUUUUCAUAUGGUCGCAACAAUAUAGUGCCAUUACAAACUUUUCGUUUUUUCAUUUUAUCGGACAAAAGUAUUUCGAUAUAUUAAAAUGAGCGUAGCACUUGUGACCAUGGAUUCCACUUACAGUCUGCGACUGGGGCUCGCCAGUCACCACCACCACCACCACCAUCAUCAUCACCAUCGCUUGUUAUCGCCAGAGAGCCACGUUGUGCCGCAUCAGGAUCGCCAGCCAGAUCGCCAGCAAGGCACCGAGGCACCAUUGCGCUUCAGCGUCGUCAAUAUUCUCAAGCCAGAUUUCGGUCGCGAGGCUCUUCUAACAAAACCAACUCUUUCCAUCGUAUCACCUUUACCGCGAACAAGUCCGCUUCCGCUUCCACGUGACCUGAGUCUAUCGUCCAGCCGAUUGUCACCGCAGUCGGUCCACAAAGAAAAGGACAAUAAUUUCUCGCCUCACAAUGGUCUUACGUCACCCUUGCACAGGCAGAAUGGAUUGAGUAGAAGCGGCAGUCUUGAAAGUCUCGCGUCCAGCAGGAGCUCGGGUACCAGUAGCACGGUCACCGGUCCGUCCUCCUUGUGUUCCACAUCAUCCACGGUCGGCGGCGAGUCUGUAAACGGCGACAACGCAUCCGGCGGCGGAACCGGUAGCACGCCGACAAGCCAGAAAAACGGCACUAAUGGCCAGAGCCAAUUGUGGCCCGCGUGGGUGUAUUGCACCAGAUACUCGGACCGACCAUCCUCCGGACCGCGCACGAGGCGAGUGAAACGUUCUUCGCCGAGCGGGAAGAGCAGCCCGCCGGAAGAGAAGAGGCCCAGGACGGCCUUCAGCGCCGAACAACUGGCCAGGCUCAAGCGGGAAUUCACGGAGAAUCGAUAUCUGACGGAGAGAAGAAGGCAGCAGCUCUCGCGGGAACUGAACCUGAAUGAGGCGCAGAUCAAGAUCUGGUUUCAGAAUAAGCGGGCGAAGAUAAAGAAGGCGAGCGGACAGAAAAAUCCAUUGGCCCUCCAGCUAAUGGCGCAAGGUCUUUACAAUCAUUCCACUGUGCCGGUGGACGAGGACGGCGAGGAGAUCGUAACCGGAAGGAAUCAUUGAGACUCGCAUAAAUUCAAAUGGCCAGCGACGAAACGGAGAGUCAGAGAUUAGAAUGAGACACGUGACUGCGUAUGCGAGCUCAUAGAAGCCGUCGUCGUCAGCGUUGAGCGCAGUCGACAAAGAGAAAAACCGUUAAAAUAUUAUUUAUGAAAAAAUUCUGAAAUCAAAUCAUAGUGAUUAUAUAAUAAUAAUUAUUAUGAUUGAAUAAAGACUGAUAACGAGAACGAAGAAUAAAAAUAACCUUAACGAGGAGUAAAAUCCACGUAACAACUUUGUGCAAUUAAUAUAUAAAUAUAUAUG